AUGGCACCUUUUAAGCUGAAAUUCCGAAUGGGCAGCUCGCGUAGCACGUCUCAAGAGCACGAUUCAGAUCCACAGGUAAACGAAGCGCUACUCAAUUAUCAUCAGCACCAUUCUACAGCCAUAGGUGCCAGUAGCUCCACCAUCGAUUCAACCGACUGUACCAGUCUUGGUUCUAUGGGAACCAACGAGCGUAAAUCUCUACUGCCCAACAAAACCAACAAUAUGCGACUAGGAUAUAUCGACCACAGGUUCACAACAAGUAAUGACGAACCGACAACGGAAUCAACCGCUGUUCCUACAACUCCUCUAUCAACCUAUGAUUAUAUGCUAGAAGAGCUGAAAGUUAUCUCCCAUGAAGAAAACGCAAUCAACGAUCGCCGUGAUUCCUUGAAUAAUCCAAGAAACAACAUUAUUUUGUCGUCGUUAGAACACCUCGCACUAAAUGAGGAAGUCACCAUUGAAUGUACUGACCCCAAUUGCCAGGAUAAUUAUUUGUGCAACGAGCAACUUUUGCAACAACGAGAACAGAAUGCAUCCUUAAACGAGUUCAACAAUUUUCAUGAAUUUAUUGAGCAAUCCCGAAUCAUAAACCAAAAUAUUCGUAACAACGAGGUUAACAACUCUGAAGGUGAAGACGAGUGUGAGGAAGACAAUCGUAAAGAGUCGAUAGAUUCUACGGAACUUUUAAUAUCAGCGAAAAUGACAACUUCAACGACAUCAGCAUCAACCGCUCAUGAAACCACUAAUCUAGUGGAUAACUGUAGAGGUGACUGUGAGCAAUGCGAAGCGGAUCACUAUAAUGAGGAAUGCAACGAAGACUGUAACACUAGUGGCAAUGGAAAAACCAAUCGCAGCGGCAAUAGCAAUGACUUCUUCGAUCCACUAAUCAAUCAUGGUGGAUACUGUAGUGAAGUAUCGCAUUAUAAUCAGGAGAGUGGAGAUAAUCAGCUGCAGGAUGAAUGCCAGGGUAGUCAGUGGGAUACCGAUGCCGAUGGGAGUUGGAGCCAACAUCAAGAAAUGUCAAACAGCCAUAGUCAUGAACAUCAACUACAACAACAGCAGCAAUCGCAAACAUACGAUUAUGAGUAUGGCACCCAACAGCCGACACAGGAACGCUCCAUCACGCCGGAAAUAAUAAGCAACAAAUCAUCAAAGGAAAUAUACAAAGAUUUAGCCAAACAAUGGGGCAUCACGUGUAAGAUGUCAGACGCAUGCCGUUGCAUGGAGUGUCAAGGUCAUUAUUUUGAUUGCGAAUACGACGACAAUGAGCACCAGAAAACGGAUGGUGGACUGGGUGCCGGUACACCGAUGUUCAUCAGUGAAGUAAUGCACGGUUCCGCUUGCAGCAUUCUCUAAACUCGGGAUCUUCUAGGAGUAGAUAUAUGAAUGUUGCAAAACGACUGAAAGGUCUAAACAUACAUACAUAUGUAUUUGAACACACCUAGGCAUAGCUACAUUAGUUCAUAUGAAAGUGUUUAUGAAGUCGGUGGAAGCCUAUAGGGAGUAUUGACCUAUAUUUAUAAUUAUUUAGUCAAAUAAUGAACAACGUGAAAGCAAACCAUUUUGCUUUAAUGCUGUUAUAACAGCCUAAGCACACACAUGCAUACACACAAGUAAAUAGAAACGAAAAUGCAUUGAAUAUUCAAAACUAAAUGUUGUGGUUGAAACAUUGGCGCACUUGAAACUACAAACAAAUUGCACUUAUAAAAAUUUAUGUAAAAAUACUAUUUCUAAAAGUACUGUGACAGUGAAGGUAUAGAAAAAAUGUGUACAUAUGUUUCGUGCAUUUGAUUUGAACCCCCUUGAGGAGGAAUUCAAGGUGAGGAAUUUUUUUGAGGCAUUGUUACCUUUAAUUCUCUUUAUAUAAAAUCGAAAUGACUAAAAAAUAUAUACAUAUGUAUGUGUUUAUUUAUAUUUAGGCUUCCCGCCCUCAAAAUGGACAGGUGUGUUAUGUAGCAACUCAAUGGUAAUAUGUCAUGGCAACUAACUUCACCCUGUGCUUUAUAUGCAUUAUGAAAACUAUGUAUAUUUCCCAUCUCUAACCUGAAAAAAUAAUGAAUUUUUGUCAUUUUCAUAGUUUUUUUUUUUAAAUAACUGCAAUGCAACUAAAUUUUUAAAUUUGGUUUAAAUCUUUUUAGUGGCGAAUCAGUUACCAUUCUGUUGACACAAAAACUGCCACUCAGUUUUGAAGAUAUCGAGGAUAAAUUUAGGAUCCAGACGCAUUUUUUUUAUGUAAAAAUCAUUUGUAAAACUCUUCAUGGAAAUUUGAAGGAGAAUUAGAUGUUCUUUGAUCGAAAUAUUAUAAUUUAAUUGAUUUUACUCAUCAAUGAUAUACAAUUACUUUUCACACUUCAAUUUCAAAUGUGAAGUUAUUGGAUGUAUUAAACUUCUAGAUUUAGUUGGUUAUCUUCACACAUAUUAUAACAUAGUAAAUGGAAAGUGUCUACAUAUUUUGAUUGGUGCAGAAGAUACAUAUAAAAGAUAGACUGUUAUUCAAAUUCAAAUACAAGGAAUUUGUUCAGCAAAAACAAGAGCAAAAAUUAAUCGAGAGUUUAAAACUCAAAGUAAUUCAGAUAAAUAAAUUGUAUUACAUUAUAAGUAACCAUAAGCAAAAAUUUAGAAGAAGUUGCUAUUAAAAAGAAGCCUUAUUACUGUUUAGUCGGCGAAAAAUAUUAUACCGUAGUGAACCCUCUUCGUGUAGCAUUACAAAAAUAUACUAUAUAACGCGGUAACGCCCACACUACACAUAAACUGCAUACAUUUUUUUAAUCCACUCUUUGUUAGUUUUUAGCAUUUGUAGUAUACUUAAGGGGUAAAGAAAGUUAAAAAGUCUCGUAUUUAACAUUUCACUUGACUUGACUUGAACUGAGUGUCUUGCGCCAAACGCAUCUAAUGCUUGAUUAUUUUUUUCAUGAGCACAUCAUCAGAUUUAAGUAACAAAUCCUUCUGUUGUAAUAACGGUUUCUACUAAAAGAUUAUGGUUUCUCGAAACAAUCAAAAUAACGGUAACUCUUAUACUGAAGUAUUUAACCAAAUAAAAAUCAAAACAACCUAUUUAUUAUAGCUGUCUUCGAUAAGGCAUUUUUCUGCUCCCUUGUCGAAUUACAAGUGAAAGCAACAACCAUGACGGAUACCUUAUUAAACUGCAAAUUUUUUUUUUACAUAUGUAUUUCUUUUUAUACUCUCGCAACAAAGUUGCUAAGGAGAGUAUUAUAGUUUUGUUCACAUAACGGUUGUUUGUAAGUCCUAAAACUGAAAGAGUCAGAUAUAGGGUUAUACGAGUAUAUACCAAAGUGAUCAGGGUGACGAGUAGAGUUGAAAUCCGGAUGUCUGUCUGUCCGUACGUCCGUCUGUCCGUCCGUCCGUCCGUGCAAGCUGUAACUUGAGUAAAAAUUGAGAUAUCAUGAUGAAACUUGGUACACGUAUUUCUUGGCUCCAUAAGAAGGUUAAAUUCGAAGAUGGGCAAAAUCGGCCCACAGCCACGCCCACAAAAUGGCGAAAACCGAAAACCUAUAAAGUGUGAUAACUAAGCCAUAAAUAAAGAUAUUAAAGUAAAAUUUGGCACAAAGGAUCGCAUUAGGGAGGAGCACAUUUGGACGUAAUUUUUAUGGAAAAUUGGGCGUGGCCCCGCCCCCUACUAAGUUUUUUGUACACAUCUCGGAAACUACUGUAGCUAUGUUAACCAAACUCUGUAGAGGCAUUUCCAUAUACAGUUCAAAAAUGGAAGAAAUCGGAUAAUAACCACGCCCACCUCCCAUACAAAGGUUAUGUUGAAAAUCACUAAAAGUGCGUUAACCGACUAACAAAAAACGUCAGAAACACUAAAUUUUACGGAAGAAAUGGCAGAAGGAAGCUGCACCCAGGCUUUUUUUUUUAAAUUGAAAAUGGGCGUGGCGUCGUCCACUUAUGGACCAAAAACCAUAUCUCAGGAACUACUAAUCUAAUUAAUUUUACAGCAAAAUAAAAAAAUAUGUAAAUGACGGAUAAUGAAAUCUCGAUUAUCACUUUAUCAUGCGAGAGUAUAAAAUGUUCGGUGACACCCGAACUUAGCCCUUCCUUACUUGUUUUUCUUAUGUUAAGCUUAUACAGACAUACAUACAUACAGCCAUGGACAUAUAAAUAGCACACAUCUGAAUCCCAUAUUAAUUCUAAUUUUUUUUAAUCCUAAAGUAGCUGAACAAUAAAAAUUUGGUAUGUAUCUACUUGUCACUGUUAUGAGGCUCAUUUCCCUGUACAAAAAUACUGUUUAUUUUCUAUUAAAUUUUGUACGCGACAAUUUUAUUGCGUAUAGUGUUGAUUUGAGGUGG